AUGGAAGUCAAGCUUGAGCGCGUGACGGUGAGCACGUCUGCUACUCGUAUGUGCAAACUGAUUGAUUUGGUGAAGGAUGAAAAGGCGGAUCUGCGAGUAUUUCAUGGCGUGUUCCCAACGAAAACCAACGUGACGCGUGAAAGUUUUAGAUUGGUUGGAAACACGACUUAUGUGAUUGUUUCCGUGGACUACACGCAAAAUGGAACAUCGCCGGAGGUGGCGGAAUGCAACCGUAAGUUGUCCACUGCGCGCAUCGCUUCCUCACCGCAGCGCACCACACCACACCACACCUCGCCUUACCUUUUCACCUACUCGCCCCCCACCUGCAGCACUGACAACCUCAAUGGCAUGUGUUUGGCUGGCAAAUUGAAGUGUCUCUGCUAUCUGUGGCGCCUCUAA